GGUGCACCAGCAUAUAGGACAGAUUAAAUGUAUACAUCACAUGCGUUGUACUGAUGUCAAUACUUAACAAAACACAGCAUAUAAUGCUUCUAAUUAAAUGACAUCCUCACAUCUAUAUUAAAACAAUCCACCCAUGUUCUUACUAAACUUUCUCUGAUACUUUUCUUAAAGUUUUUGGGGGCAAGGAAGGUAGAGCACUGAGGGACACGUCGCCAUCCAAUGAUCGCGCGUCCGCUCUGACGACGUUGCCAAACGCUACCGGCCGACACGCCCCCAGCAUGGAUACAAUCAGCUCUAAUCGGCGCACGGCAUACUGUCACUUUAACGUUGUGAGGACUACAGCCACGAUGGGAGUUUUCAUAUUGAAUCAAGACAAGUUUUCAACGCUCUCAUCACCGGAAACUUAUCUCUGAAGAAAGAAAGCGGUCGGCGUUGCGCGUUCACGGCUCGAUCUCGCAUGAAUUGCGUGCAGGAUGUCAGUGUUGCUGAAAAGCCGGUAAGAGUAGCGCAAAGUGAGUUUGCUUGUGAGAGCUACCUCUUCAGCAUCACACAAAGGGAUCUACCGAGUUGAAUGGUCUGGUGUCUUUGGGUCUGAAUGUCAUAAAGAAACAUUGGGGCAUUUUUUUCUUUUUCAACGAAAUGGAUCACUUCGCAGCAGAGUGCCUUGUGUCAAUGUCCAGCCAAGCAAUUGUUCACGCUCCUAAAGGGAAUAGAGAGAUCAAGCCCGAAACUGCGGCUGCACAGAGAAACGAAGACACCAAGGAGCACCUGAAAGACAACGCUUCUCUCUUUGUGGUGGCUCGGAUUUUGGCGGAUUUUAACCAGCAGACCCCCGCCAAUUUUGCCGAGCAGGCAAAAAUAAAGGAAGAGAGCGCGACACCAGCCCUGACCAGAGAUGAUGGGAACUCUGCCACACCUACCACCACCAUCUCCGCCGACUCUUCACCUAAACAAAGAAGCAAACGAUUUAGGGGUCGAAUUGAGCAGGAACCCCCGCAGAAAAAGCACAAAUGCCACUAUUCAGGUUGCGAGAAAGUUUAUGGGAAAUCGUCCCAUCUCAAAGCCCACCUAAGGACACAUACAGGAGAACGCCCCUUUCCUUGCACCUGGCCCGACUGCAGUAAGAAGUUUGCUCGCUCCGACGAGCUGGCACGGCACUAUCGCACCCACACGGGCGAGAAGAAGUUCGGCUGCCCCCUGUGCGACAAGCGAUUCAUGAGGAGCGACCACCUGAUGAAGCACGCGCGCCGCCACUCCGACUUCCAGCCGGCCAUGCUGAAGAGGCAACACGGGGGAGGCAGCGCUGCAGUCUCCAGCAGCAUGCGCACCGGCUCCCUCAGCGAUUACAGUCGCUCCGACGCAUCAAGCCCCACCCUUAGCCCCGCCCUCAGCCCAGCCAACUCGCCUUAACCUGACCGCACUUUCUGCCCACAGCGCCUGGGUCUCACCAGACUUUUUGUUUCCCUCCCUAAAAAAUUACUGGCGGCAUUAGCGCCUAUGCUAAAACCUCCCCCCUUCGCUCGCUGUGGUGUACUGUACUGUACAUAACUGCUUCUUGUAGUGCAAUUUUCUUGUGCAAACCCUUAAAGAGAAAAACGACACAAAAAAGAAAAUGCCUUUUCCACAUGGCAAUAUUUACACAAUGUACCAUAUGUCUGUAUUUUUAUAGCUUCUGGCCACGGCCUCUGUUCCAUUUACGUUUUUGUUUCGUUUCUUUGAUAUAGAAGCCGCUCUGUUCAUGUGAACAACAAAGUUGAAAGGUUUGACAGGUAAACUACGUUUCAUCUUUCUUUUAUUUAAAACGGGUGAGGGACGGGGGCACACAUACACCUCAGGAUCCAGAACAGUUUUUUUCUCCUUUAAUAUUCACGUUGACUGCACAAUACAAGCAUCGCUUUACUCGGAAAUUCGACAGAGGUCGAAUUUCGCGCCCUGCUCAGGAAUGGCCUCAUUAGCUUGAAAGAAUGAAGAGAAACAUAAGUUAAGAAACAGCCUUACACUCGGACGAAAGGAAACUUUGCACUCUUGUUUUUGGUCGGUUUUCACAUCAGGGGGAACGGAUUAUGGGUUGUAACAGUUGUUUAAAAUCAGCUCUUAUUUUUUAUUGUUGAUUUUUUUUGUAAAUCUGUCGAAGAGUGGCAGGGUUGGCAUAGUUGUUAUUAAGACUGGAAAGGACUCGACUUUAUUUUCAACCAGCAACGACCUUGUACAAAGCCGUGCUGGGUCCUCGUUUCAAAGGGAAUCCUCUCGAAUGUAGUAAUCGGUCCGCCUUUACAUGCACGAGCCGCCCCGAUGUGGAGAACAGACCGCUUCAACUUCUCUCAGUGGACUAAAUGAAAACUCCCCUUCGCAGAGGCUAAAGUUUCAAAGCAGCUGUUUCCUCAAAAAAACAGCACAUUCGUCAACUUCAGGGUUUCUUCGCUACAAUACACAACAUAUUCAGACGGACUUUCUGGGCUGCAGUAAGACAAAAUGCACAUGAUCAAAAUGCACCAAAGGCCAAGGUGUGAACGAGAGAACGGAGAGGUUUUUGCCCAGAGGAAGCAGGGAGGUAGCGAGGGAGGGAUGUUGGCAUCCUCUCAGGUAACAGCAGAAGCCCUGGCCCUCUGCACGGCUCCAUCUGCAGAGGCCUUCCACUUAGGAAACUGCAUCAACCCACACAGGGCUAUUCUUAGCACACUAGCCAGGGAGACGAGAGCUAUUACGGUGAAGCUUUACGCACUCGUCUCACUCGCUCGAUGUGUUGAGAAUGAGUGGGAGUUAAAGGGAAAUAAGGAUGGAGAGCUAAAGCAAACAUUUCAGUCCUUACAUUGUGUACUAACCAGGUGCCACGCGACAAAGCGAAGUGAUUACAUCUAAAAUAUCACUAGUUAGACAUCGGUUUACAACUCCGUGAGGACUAAAGUGUAUAUGUUUAGGUAGCGGGACAAUGGGCGGUGAGAACAGAAACAUCCCACAAUGAGAACAAAGAAGGCUAUCUGCAGGAGGCAGGGACGAGGGGGUUGACCCAUAGUGAGACAGAUAAAGACUGAGAGGCUUUAUCACCAGCCGAGCACUCUCGCAGAAGAAAAACCCAGUCAGCUCCCUCAGAAACAAACUUCCCAUCCCCUCCCACCAACAGCAUCCCACAAUGCAGUGCGGUAGGGAAAAUGGCACAGUCUGAUUGGACGCUAUUCAAGCAGCAUACCAAGGGGGGUUAUAAUACAGGAAGUCGGGUUCCGAAUGAGCAGCUCGGAGACAAUGGCUGUGAUAAGUUAUCACGUCAGACGUGAGAAUGUUGGAGAUUAUGGGAAUUCGCAGAUCUGUGUUUUUUUGGCACUUUGGGCAACAAGAUUCUCUCUUCUCCUUCUUUGAAAUUACUGUACUUUACAAGCUUUUCCACAAGCACAGGGAAAUCUUCACACACACUCUUUUUUACUGUCGAGGCCUCGCUGUUACGUCAGCGUGACCGCUAAAUGCAUUACCUCAGUGAACCACAAAAGCAGCUGCUUUCAAACUUGACUCUCAUUUAAAGGGGGCUUUUAAAAAAAACUCACAUUACUACUAAAUUUGUACAUAUGUUCAUACAUAUCUGUCCGCUUACCGUCCAUUGUUGCUACAGUCGGGGACGAAGGGUCUCUGUGAGAAUCUCUCUUGCGUUUUUAGCCCCAGCCGGGCUCGCUCAGGCGAAAGACACACAGAACCCUUUAGGAAGUCCGGCACCGCUAUGAAAACUAUUGUGGCGCUGCUUCUUUCUGUCACGUGUUCCCAUACACGCAAUCUUCUUAAAGUAACACUUUUAAGUAGUCUCUAUAUUCAUAAGCUCAUUAAUCAACACCAGCCAUAUUGAAGUAUCAUCCCUUUUAUUUCUCCACCCUAAAAUUCCAAUGCAGAAUGACCAGCAUCAGAGCUGCCCAGCUGGACGAGCGCUCCAGAGCUUGACAAGCAGGUGGGGAGGCCAGUGAAUGCCAGGCCUUGUCCCCCCUUUAUCCUUCCUAGCCCCCCCCUGGUCCCCCUCCCAGGGGCCCCUCAUAAUCACGGCUUUCUUUCGUUCUUUCAAGUAAAAAAACACCCCCAAACAAAAUAAACAGUGCCACGGCAGCAGUGUUUCUGCAAUAAAACCGCAUGGUGAGCCGCGUGCGGACACGCCCUCGAGGUACCCCUCUAAAGCGAUCGGGGAGUUCAGCUAGGUGGCUUUUAAAACGCAUUCCUCGCUUAGAAUUUCAGCUUUACUGUUGAGUGUGUGCAAGAAAUUUCAAUCGUAUAGCCAUUUAUAGUUGCUCCGUUGAAUUGCCCUUCAUUGUAACUGUGAAUACACCCCGCUGCUGGUCAGUGGAGAGUUUCACAGGUUACAAGGGCAGUGAAAGGCCAGUCCAACCUGAAAUCCUAUUUGUUAGUACUUCAAAUUCAGUAAGACUGGUGCCAGCACCUGUUAGGUACCAUUAAGGAUACUCCGUAGGCAACAAAAAUCUCACAUUUGGGUACUGGUUAAAGUCUACGCAACAAAGUAUGUAUAUUUUCCUGAUGAAACAUACUGAAGAAAUGUAUUUUCUCAACGUACAACCAUUCACAGUUUGGGUCUGUAUGGGUUAACACGCAUGUACGCUCUUGGGUUUGUAUUUUUCACUGUAUCAAUACUACUUGAAUGAAACGCAAGACCAUUGAAAAGUUGAAAACAUGUCAAGGUCAUGACAGGUCACAAUCCCACCAAUCACAAACCAUCGGAACAUUGUAUUAAUUUCACAUUCAUUUAUUAAAUAUGUCUGCGUUGGGUUGUAUUUUUCUAAUUCUUUUAUGAUGUUAUUAUUGUUUUUAUUGACGUAUAUUGUUGUUGGUGUUUCAUAAGUCUGCUGCGCCAAUGCUUGCGCUAGUUGAUAGAGCUCUGUCAAUAGCAGCAUAUAGAUGUGUAAUCUCCCCUUUUGAGAAGACGGAGGGAUAUAAAAUAAGACAGAGGGAAAUAUCCUCCCUUCUCAAAUGCAUCGCAUGAGACCCCAUGCUGAUACUCCUGUUCAAUAUCGCAUAACCAUAGAGACCACAUCAUUGUGAGUAGAUAGUCACACAUUCAUUUUGUUUGUAUUGUUCUUUGUUAUUUAACAUAAUGCCACCUCUGUGUUCAUAAUGUAUCAUUUGAAACAUACCUCUAUAACAAUUCGAGAAGGUUAUGGUUCUUUUUUUGAUGUGGCUGGGAAGGGAAUGUUGUUGGAAUUCAUAUCUGAAAGAAUUGUACGUGUAAAGACAAUAUUUUUAUGAAUUUUCAGGGUCAAACAACACACAAAGCAUCGUAUUGAAGUGAAUCAUUGCAUCCCAGCUCAUUAAGUAAUGUAUUUGUUUGUAUACAACUGCUAGCAUCUGAAUAAAUUUAGCACAGACAAGGCAAGGCGUUGAUCCUACAUUUGACAAACCGCAUGUGAAUGAGUGCCAAAGGCAUGAGAAGGGGAUCUUUAUUUCACCACAAACCUAUAGACAAUUCUACAAUGAUACGUAAAUGACCUUGUACAGUUUUUUAUGAGUGAUGUACAUUUUUAAGUGUAUGUAGCCGAGUGAAUGGUGUGUGCUGUAUUAGAUGCGCGAGUAUUUCUAUUAUUUUGGCGUGAUCUUGAUGUACUUUGAUUAUAUUGUUUUUCUUUAGUUAAGUUUUACAUUUGUCAUUGUACAGUACAGAACAAAUGCAUAUUAGUGAAAACUCGGACAUUAACCUGUUCACCAUGUUAAGCAAAAGCUCAACCAUUCCAAAGGAUUGCAAUUACGUUUCCUAUAAAUUUGCUGCUUAUAUCCAACCAAUGCAUCAAAGCUUCAUUUCUUGUAUGUAUUUAUUUUACAAUAAGUCUUUUUGACUGUGAUGUAUGUACACGACUCUUCUUGUCCGGUACUCAACAUUUGUUUUUCCUUUUUCUGUUGUGUAGAUUUCUCCCAACGUUUAUUUCGGUUAUCGUCUACGCGGUCUGUCACGACUCAGCCAUGCCACGUUCUGAUAAAUUAAGCAGAAUCAAACCCUCUCAGAGAAUAGACAAGACAAGAUGGCUGCCAAGUCUGUGCGCUUAGUUAUCAGAUAAAUAUGGUCUUCCCCUCCAAAGUGACAUCAGUGACUGCUGAUAAGGAUACUGAAGGAUGAAUUAGGACGCUUUUGCCAAGAACACUGUAGUGCCAUGACCUAUAGUUUGGUAGAAUGGCUCUUACCUUUAACAUUAUCGAUAAUCUCGCACUGAGUGACUGCACUGGAAGUCUCAUGUUGAUCUAUUGUUACCAAAGGCUUCAGGAAUGAACUAUGAAUGUUGCAGUAGUUGGAAUUCAGCCUGCCGUUUGACAGAUUGGGAAACAAGUGUUUCAAUAGGGAAAAGUUACGUAACUUAAACAAGAUACUGUUCCUUUACUUUAGUAAAAAAUCAAACAAGGCUUUAAACAGAAAAUCCAGAUUAAACUUGUAAGUGAAGAUGAAUAACCCUUAUUCUCUAAAACCUGAUUCAUAUAGACGUUUUUGCGUUUACACAGGCGGGGCUUCGCUUAAGUUUCAACUUGACAAGGCGUCUUUAAAACGCGGCACGCAAAAUCCGUCGUGUUUGCAUAAAAAACGAUGGAAAAUUUCUGUACGGAUCGGCCAUAAAGCAUUUUCACUGUGCGUAUGCAGUUAGAUAUUUCUCCAAAGAAUCAAUAAGUAGUUUUACUAAUGCCAGGGGUUUUGUUUUCAAAGCUUCAGAGAUGUCGACACGGUUUAGGAAUCGCCGAAAGCAGCUGCACCUUUAAAAAUGAAUAUUUUCAAUGUCACAAACUAACAAACAUAAUUUAGUUGAGGUCUUACAAAUAGAUGCUUCUCAUUUUUUAAAGGGUGGAAGUGGAUUUAGGUUUUAACCCUUGGCUUAGAUUUGACUGUUGAUGUUUAGUCUCGUGCUCAACACGGGAGACACUAACUGCUUUUGAGGGCUGUGGUCAUUUUUACAAGUCUGGUUGUCUGCCAAGGUGUGGGGUUAGGUUAGAACAAACUCGCUCCUGUGAAAGCGCCUGGGUGCCCAUUUGUCUCCGAAGCCCAGGUGUUAUGGAGUGACGGUGAUCUAACUCCACGGUUAUGCUAUACACGAUGUCACUCGCUCGGGCAGAGUCUGUCAGACAAAACCAUCAUUAAAAAUCAUUUCACAUUGACAUUUCUUAUAAAGUCCCAUAAAUGCUCUGCGAAACCAACUCUGAAAUUCAAACACUGUGAAAAAGCCAUUUGAAAGACUGAAAAGUACAUUUUACAUCUUCCACUGCAAUUUCCAUGCAACGUUUCUCUUCAGGCACGGCAUCCGUGAAAUAGGCUCUCGCCGUAGAUGUUCCUGAUAUGAAAUAAAAUUCAAUCCAAACCUUACUUUUCCAAACCUACCAUUUAAGAGAUUUCAAUAAGUGUUGUAUAGUGAAUCGUAGUGAGGCACCAGGGGCCUCAUGCUAAUCUGUAGAUGUUCGCCGCGUGAACUCGACAUGCCUUCCUAUCGUAUGUAUCUGUCUGUAUUUUAACAAUAUAUUUUAAUGACACCGUGUGAUGCCUGCUCCAGUGAUUACAUGCCGCCGAGUUCCCGUCUCCCGGGAUUUCUCUACUUUGUACAAAAGCUCUUCUCUUGCAACGGCCAGUUACACUCUCCAUAACCUCAGUCAGAAAAAACUGCCGCGAAACGUCACUUUUAUUUUGCAAUCAACCAAAUCACUACAGUGAAGUAUUACAGUUGUACAGUUCCUCGAAUUCUUCAGAUGAUAUUAUUGUUGCUGGUCUCUGGUUGCUCUGCUGUACUUUUUAUGACCUUUUCUUUUUUACAUGUUAGACAUUAUUGUGACGAUGUCCUAUGCAAAUAUGAGAAUUAACAAGAAUUUGUCAAAUAAUGUAUGUUGUCUUAACUUGUAUGCAUGAAAUAGUGAAGUUUACAUUUGAGAAUAAAUUCAUAAAUAAGACGAA